GCGGGACUAGGGAGACUAGGGUGAAGGGGGUCUGGACUCAGCAGCGGCAACAGCAUGGAGACCCCGGGGUAGGGCCCGGCCCGGCGGGGAGGCUGCAGCUGAGGCUCCUCCGCGCCUAGAGCCCCUACCAGCGGCGUCAGCUGUGCGGCAAUAUGCCGGCUCCUGAGCAAACCCCUUUGGGGGAGGAGGGGCUGCAGCAGACCACCCAGGAAACCUCCACAGGACCGGGCAUGGAGCCAGAGACCACUGCCACUACCAUUCUAGCAUCUGUAAAAGAGCAGGAACUCCAGUUUCAAAGACUCACCAGAGAACUGGAGGUGGAAAGGCAAAUCGUUGCCAGUCAGCUAGAAAGAUGUAGGCUUGGCGCAGAAUCACCAAGUAUUGCCAGCACAAGCUCUACUGAGAAGUCGUUUCCUUGGAGAUCAGCAGAUGUGCCAACUACAGAUGUAAGCAAACCCAGAGUGUCCGACAGUGUCCAUAUCAAUACAUAUCAAAUUAAAGCAGAGCCAGAACAAGGGAACCUCUACUCACCAGAACAGACAUCUCUCCAUGAAAGGUCAGUAGGUAACUCAAGAAGUUCAACACAAAUGAAUUCUUAUUCUGACAGUGGUUACCAGGAAGUAAGCAAUUUCCAUAACAGCCAGAACUUGAGCAAGUCAGAAAAUAGACAGCAGCAUUCACUUACUGGAACCACUAGUAAUCAUUUGGUGAAAAACUCACGGGCUGAAGGACAAACUUUAGUUCAGCCUUCCGUAAAUAUUGCUGCAAACCGAGCGAUGAGGCGUGUUAGUUCAGUUCCAUCCAGAGCACAGUCUCCUUCUUAUGUUAUCAGCACAGGUGUUUCUCCUUCAAGGGGGUCACUGAGAACUUCUUUAGGAAGUGGUUAUGGUUCACCCUCAGUUACUGAAUCACGACCCCUUACUUCUAAUGCAUAUUCAUCCACUACAUUACCUGUACAGCGAGCAACUUCUCCUUAUACCACACAAAGACCUGCUUCACCAGCAGCUGUACGGCGGAUCAGUUCAGUCACAUCUAGGCAGUCAGCUAAUCCCAGUGGAGGAACUUCUCAAUACCAAGCAUCUGUCAGAGUGGGCUCACCACUUGCUCUAACUGAUACACAGACAAGAGUAGCUUCUCCAUCUCAAGCGCAGAUGGGAUCAUCUUCCCCAAAACGCUCAGGCAUGACUGCAGUUCCACAGCAUUUGGGAACAACGUUACAAAGAACAAUUCAUGACAUUGACCAGUAUGGACAGCAAUAUGAUAUCUACGAGAGAAUGGUACCGCCACGUCCAGAUAGCCUUACAGGCUUGAGGAGUUCGUAUGCUAGUCAGCACAGUCAACUUGGGCAAGAAUGUCGUUCAGCUAUAUCUCCUGACCUACAGAUCACCCCAAUAUAUGAAGGACGAACCUAUUACAGUCCAGUGUACCGCAGUCCAAAUCAUGGAGCAGUUGAGCUUCACCAAGGAUCUCAGACAGCACUAUAUCGAACUGGGUCAGGUGUUGGAAAUCUACAAAGGUCAUCCAGUCAGCGUAGCACACUUGCAUACCAAAGAAAUAAUUAUGCCCUGAACACAACGGCUGCCUAUGCGGAACCCUACAGGUCAAUGCAGUACCGACUGUCAGAGUCCAGUUAUAACAGGCUACAGCAUACAACGCCAGCAGAUGAUGGUACAACCAGAUCUCCAUCUAUAGACAGCAUACAGAAAGAUCCUAGGGAGUUUGCAUGGCGGGAUCCAGAAUUGCCUGAAGUCAUUCAUAUGCUUCAGCACCAGUUCCCAUCAGUUCAAGCAAAUGCAGCAGCCUACCUUCAGCACCUGUGUUUUGGAGAUAAUAAAGUAAAAACUGAGGUAUGUAGGUUAGGAGGAAUCAAACAUCUGGUUGACCUUUUGGAUCACAGAGUCCUUGAAGUUCAGAAGAACGCUUGUGGUGCACUGAGAAACUUAGUUUAUGGAAAGUCAACUGAUGAAAAUAAAAUAGCAAUGAAGAAUGUUGGUGGGAUACCUGCCCUUUUGAGAUUGUUAAGAAAAUCUAUUGAUGCAGAAAUAAGAGAGCUUGUAACAGGAGUUCUCUGGAACUUGUCCUCAUGUGAUGCAGUAAAGAUGACAAUCAUUCGAGAUGCUCUAUCAACACUAACACACACUUUGAUAGUUCCACAUUCUGGAUGGAAUAAUUCUUCCUUUGAUGAUGAUCAUAAAAUUAAAUUCCAGGCUUCCCAAGUUCUGCGCAAUACUACAGGAUGCCUGAGGAAUUUAAGCUCCGCGGGAGAAGAGGCAAGGAAGCAGAUGAGGUCUUGUGAAGGACUGGUCGAUUCUUUGCUAUAUGUGAUCCACACAUGUGUGAACACAUCAGAUUAUGACAGCAAGACAGUGGAGAACUGUGUGUGCACACUGAGAAACUUGUCCUAUCGCCUAGAACUGGAGGUACCUCAGGCACGGCUGCUAGGUAUAAAUCAAUUGGAUGACUCAGACUCAGAGCCAAGCUGCUGGGGGAAAAAAAAAAAGAAGAAAAAACGGACUUCACAAGAGGAUCAGUGGGAUGGAGUUGGACCUAUACCAGGAUUUUCAAAGUCUCCUAAAGGUGUGGAAAUGCUGUGGCACCCUUCGGUAGUAAAACCAUAUCUAACACUUCUAGCAGAAAGCUCCAACCCAGCUACUUUAGAGGGCUCUGCAGGAUCUCUCCAGAAUCUUUCUGCAGGGAACUGGAAGUUUGCAGCAUAUAUUCGAGCAGCUGUCAGAAAAGAAAAAGGGCUUCCAAUCCUUGUGGAACUUCUAAGAAUGGAUAAUGAUAGAGUUGUUUCUUCUGUGGCCACUGCCUUAAGGAAUAUGGCUUUAGAUGUUCGCAAUAAGGAGCUUAUUGGUAAAUACGCAAUGCGAGAUCUGGUGAAUCGCCUUCCAGGAGGCAGUGGCCCAAGUAUAUUGUCUGAUGACACUGUAGCAGCAAUCUGCUGUGCUUUGCAUGAGGUCACCAGUAAAAACAUGGAAAAUGCCAAAGCUCUGGCUGACACCGGAGGAAUAGAAAAACUGGUGAACAUAACAAAAGGAAGGGGUGACAGAUCAUCAUUGAAAGUGGUCAAGGCAGCAGCCCAGGUAUUGAAUACAUUAUGGCAAUACCGAGACCUCCGUAGCAUUUAUAAAAAGGAUGGAUGGAAUCAGAAUCAUUUUAUUACACCAGUAUCAACAUUAGAACGAGACCGAUUCAAAUCGCAUCCCUCUUUGUCUACAACAAAUCAGCAAAUGUCACCUAUCAUUCAGUCAGUUGGCAGCACAUCUUCAUCGCCGGCACUGCUAGGAAUUAGAGAACCUCGUUCUGAAUACAAUAGGACACAACCUUCUAUGCAGUAUUACAAUAGCCAAGGUGAUGUCAUUACGCAUAAAGAUAUAUAUCCUGGGUCCAACAAAGCUUCACCAAUUUACAUCAGUUCCUAUUCUUCACCAGCAAGAGAACAAAAUAGACGGCUACAGCAUCAGCAGUUGUACUACAGUCAAGAUGACUCCAACAGAAAGAACUAUGAUGCAUACAGAUUAUAUUUACAGUCCCCACAUAGCUAUGAAGACCCCUAUUUUGAUGAUCGAGUUCACUUUCCAGCCUCUACAGAUUACAUGACACAAUAUGGACUGAAAUCUACCACAAAUUAUGUAGACUUCUAUUCCACUAGACGACCCUCUUACAGAGCAGAACAAUACCCAGGGUCACCUGAUUCUUGGGUGUAGCAUCAGAAAUUCACACAGAGGAAUGCUAUAGUUUCUAAACUUGCUUGAGAAGAAAUGGAAUGGCCUGUUUGCUGUUUGGAUGAUGAAAUGUGAAAGUGAAAUAAAAGGAGGAACAAGGAGGAGCUUUUAUCAGGAAGGUGAGAGAGAAAUUGGAAGGCAGAACUUUUAUGCUCUGUUUAGACUUUAGAUCUAAUUACUUGUAGUUCCUAUAGUCUGGUGAAGGUGUGGGCGAUGUGAUGAAAGGUUUGAGAAUUGAGUAAAAUGAAUUUGGAAAAAGUGUAGGUCAGAUAAAAUUGAAGCUGAUUUUUAAAAUGUGAAUAAAAGACUUAUGAUAGUUUGUACAGAAAAAUAAAAUGGAUGCCCUUUUUGUUUUAUUGCUAUUACUAAAUGUCAAGAUUGUAUGCUAUUACGUCUUGUAAAUUUCUUUCAUUGGUGUAAAUAUGGAAAUGCCACAUUGUUUAAAAGUGCCAUCAUUUGUAAUGCAGUGUGUCGUUUGAAAACAAAUUUGGAAAGCUGACAUCUUUAAACAAAAAAAUACAAGGAACUGUUAUAAAAGUAAAAAUUCAGUACAUCAUUUUUGUUUAAAAAAUGAAUGGUGUAAUUUUGAAGCACAAAGUACAGUCAAGUAUAUCUCCAUCUUUCUCAUUCCCUGCCUCUUUCAUAGGAUACUUCACUGCCAUUUUCUAUGCACAUGGAAGAAAAAAUAAAUGUGGAAGUCUCAUCCAUG